GGUAUUAUCUUCCUACAUUCAGGAGAAUAUCUUGGUCUGUGUUUUUAAUCAAUAUGCACUGUAUUUUACCCAGUGCUUAAACAAAGAUUUUUUCAGUUACCUUAAGAAGUGCCUGUUUAGGGUCUGAUGCAGCUUGAAACGAAGAAGCACAGGGGAAGUGUUUAUCACACUAUGAUAACAAUUAGCAGUUUCUGCACUUUAUAAUACCUGUGCAAAUCUUUAUGCCCCCCCAAUCUUUAAGUGGAGAAAAAUGUCAGUUUACAGGUAGAGUAACACAAGAAUGCCAACAGUAAAGAAUAAAAUAAAGCGUGAGAAAGAAAUCUGGUAAAAACACCAACAACCUCAAUUUUCAAACAUCUGCUACUCAAAUUCACGAUAUUGCAAUUUUUUACAGAAAACGAUUCUCUCCAUUAUAACUUUAAACUUCAAAUCAAUGGAGAAGGAUUCCACCACUAUCAGAUAGUAUUGUGCUAAAAAAAGAAUCCCUUCCAAUGAAGCUCAAUCUCCAUCAGUGACAAAAGUUCAUUUUUAUGGAAUUCACAUCAGAUACCAAGAAUUACAGAUUAUGUGUGACUUCCCAGAAUAUAACUACUGUACUUAAUACUGUUUGCAUUCCCUGCAUUAUUCUAAGUGAAAUGGCUCAUGCCCUUUGCCAACUGGAAAUAAACUUAUGGGAAAAUUGGCAAAUGUGGGCCAUAAAUAUACCCUAUAUAUAAAUAAGGAAAAGUUGUUACAAGUUACUUAUUCAGUUGUAAUUCUGCUAGGAAGCUAAAAACCAAAGAAUCCUGACAAAUAUAUCUUUAGAGAAGCUGUACUACAAGAUUAAACUAUUUUAGAAAUACAUUAAGAUUACUUAUUUAAUUGAGGUAUUACAUAGUUUGAUUAGAUCAACCAUCAAAUGCUUAGGUGUGAAAUGUGGAAUAAUUUUGUCAAGCCACAUUUAUAUCCUCCAAUUCUGGAUCUUUAACCUCCAAUAUAAAGCCAGUUUUCACCUGUCUAGAAAAGAGUAAUAUCAGUGUGGCAGUCUAUGACCACAAUAAUGGCAGUGCAACAUGCUGCAGUGGGUCAGACCUAUGACAAUUCAUUAAAAAAAAAUAAAAAACGCUUCAAUCCAUGAGCAUGCAGUUACAGUACUGUAGGUGCAUGCUCAUGGAUUGAAGCGCUUUGCCUAUCACACCUGCUGUAGGUGAAACUAAGCUCAACCAGGCAAUUUUGCUUAUCCCAUGCUCUACUGGUAAAGUUAGUGCAGAAACAAGGCAUUCACAGUUCUUCAGGUGGUGUCGGCCAGUGGCCAUCAGUUGCGUAGCAUAAAAAUAAUGCCUGUUGCUCUUGAGCAGACACUGAAUUCAUUCCUAAUUUGGCAAAUAGGAGUGGGAUGAGAGAGAAGGUAAAUACCAAUUUGUACUAACCAUCUUGGUAAACAUCUCUUUAAAAUAAGUUGGUGGGUGCACUGUUACUCUAAUUUUUAAUUUAAAAAUGUACAAAGUGCAGUGAUCUGGAUUUUUAAAUGUGCAUUUAAAGUAGUAAUUUUUCCUCAAACUGUGUUGGUGAUUUUUUCAGUGAGGGUGUGGAGGAAAUUAUAUGUAGGCAGGUCUUUAACUUCCUUAUGCCUCUGUCAACAGGAGUCUGUGGCUCUGAUUAUAAUUUGUUUAAAAUUUUGCUUACAUCAUGUAUUUCACCACCUGAUUGUGGCAAAUAUACUCCUCCCCAUGGGCUGACCCAGAGCUGUACAAUAUAAUGAUAGCAUGUCAAGAUUAGUCCAGUACAGAGACUGGAGGCAGUACUAAGAGCACUCUGAUUGCCAAGAAAAGGACAGCUCAUGCAGUGUUCAGAAUUGUUGGGGAGAUAAGGACAUUCUCAGGUCAUCCGAGUGAAAGGCUGUUUUGAAAUCUAAACUGUAAAUGAUAGUUUCAGCUUUUAAGAAUUGUAUUUUUAAAGUCAGAUUUUUUCCAGAUUGUCAUUUAAAAUACUUUCAGCAAGAGGAAUGUAACAGAAAAUCCUAGAAUAGAGUGCAAAGGGAGCAGUUUGUAUAAAAACACAAAAUCUGAGUCUUUUUACAUUGCUAGUAUUUGACAGAAUUGGAGAGUUUGUUUGGGGAAAAGCUGUUGAAAUGACUGAACGGAAUAAAUUUUAAUGAAAUCAAUACUAUAUUUUUGUUUAAAUACUAUAUUUUUUGGUAGCUUUUAGGCUCAGUUAAACUUUUUUGAAAGGGGUUUUUGCAAAUGAACGACAUUAGGAUGCGUCUAAAUACUUCUUUGUAGCACUUUGAUAAGGAAUUUUUCUGUGAAGCAGCAAAAACAUUUUAUCAGGACUAUUUGAAACGUUCAACUGGAUAUCUACUUCAGACAAAAAUGAUUUGUUUAAGGUAGCAGUUCGGUUAAAAAUGAUUAAGUCAAGGCCUUUUCUGGAGUUUUCUCUCGAGCACUUGCACAACUUUUGAAGAAAGCCAUGAAAAUCUUUAAGCAUGUUAUGAAUGAUCCCCCAUUUAAUAGAAUUGCAUGGAAAUGGCAUAUUCAGGACCCAGCAAGUCAGCGGUUGACAUGGAACAAACCUCCAAAGAGUGUCCUUGUUAUCAAAAAGAUUCACGAUGCCAGUCUGCUCCAGCCUUUUAAAGAACUCUGUGUAUAUCUUACUGAGGAGAACAACAUGAUAGUUUAUGUAGAAAAAAAAGUGCUAGAAGACCCAGCCAUAGUUAAUGAUGAUAAUUUUGGACCAGUGAAGAAGAAAUUUUGCACUUUCAGAGAAGAUUAUGAUGAUAUCUCCAAUCAGAUAGACUUUAUCAUAUGCCUGGGAGGAGAUGGUACCUUGCUUUAUGCUUCUUCACUUUUUCAGGGUAGUGUACCUCCAGUUAUGGCUUUUCAUCUGGGAUCUCUUGGAUUUCUCACCCCCUUUAACUUUGAGAACUUUCAGUCUCAAGUUACUCAAGUUAUAGAAGGCAAUGCAGCGCUUGUUCUCCGGAGCAGGCUGAAAGUGAAAGUAGUAAAGGAACACAGAGAGAAGAAGACAUUGAUACAAAAUGGUAUUGAAGAAAAUGGAGUGAUCUCUACAAGUCUAGAGAUGGAAAUGGGCAAGCAAAUCAUGCAAUAUCAGGUCCUAAAUGAAGUUGUUGUGGAUCGAGGUCCUUCCUCCUACCUUUCCAAUGUGGAUGUUUUUCUAGAUGGACACCUCAUAACCACAGUGCAAGGUGACGGCGUGAUCGUUUCCACACCAACUGGUAGCACAGCUUAUGCGGCUGCAGCGGGAGCAUCUAUGAUUCAUCCAAAUGUUCCUGCAAUAAUGAUCACCCCAAUCUGCCCUCACUCACUGUCCUUCAGACCCAUUGUUGUUCCUGCAGGAGUUGAGCUCAAGAUCAUGCUGUCCCCUGAUGCCAGGAACACUGCAUGGGUUUCAUUUGAUGGGAGGAAGAGACAGGAAGUCUGCCAUGGAGACAGUUUUGCCAGUGAAAGCCGCCUUGAUGACAAAAAUCUGUGGACUGCUACACAGCUGAAUAGAGAGAGCUACAAUCAUGACUACAGAGAAGAAAGUAAGAUUUAUGCUUCAGUUUUCACUUUGGACAAGAUACUUAAUCGUGUUUUCUUACCAGCUUUGCUUAAACAAAAAAAACCUAAAUAGUGAGUUGUGUUUUAAUACUUGAAGAAUUUAUCUAAUUGUAGUGCCCCAGCCCACCCCUACUCCAAGACCCAUCUCUCCUAAUUGGCCAUCACAAGCAGGUUACUAAGACCUGGUCUAUACUGAAAUGUUUUUAGUAACAUAGCUAUGUCAGCAAAAAGAAUGAGGAUUACUUGUGGCACCUUAGAGACUAACAAAUUUAUUUGGGCAUAAGCUUUCGUGGGCUAAAACCCACUUUCAUCGGAUGCGUUCAGUGGAAAUUACAGUAGGAAGAUAUAAUAUAAUAUACACACACACAGAGAACAUGAAAAAAUGAGGGUUGCCAU